UCCUGCGGCGGCGGCGGCGGCGGCAGUUGGGCCGGUGGCGGUUGGGCGCGAGGCGGCGGGUGAGCGUCGGGUGAGGCUCGCGGGCAAUGUGUCAGUCCCGGGGCGCGCGCCGCCUGUCAGCCCAGAGCACGCGCCGGCCGGCUGGUGGCGCCUCCGGCUUGCAAGGGGCGCAAUGGACGGUGCAUAUGGACCUGUAUCUAUAGUCUCUGAUCAAAGUGAAAUACGGGCUCUUGGAGAUGAACAUCCUGAAGACAGAAUUUAUCAACAAAAAGUACAAGAUAUCAGUAAAAAGUAUGCUUUCUUCAGAAGGACACUUGGUGAUGGAAACUGCUUUUAUCGGGCACUGAGCUUUGCUUAUCUGGAAUCAAUGGUUGGAAAUAACAAGGGAAUCAAAAAACUUAGAAAAAUUUUAAUGCAGAGUAGAGAAGAACUUUUAGCUGCUGGAUUUGCUGAAAAAACAUUUGAAAAUUCUUUGAGCACUUUUAUGGAUGUGAUUGACCUGGUAGAAACGGAUGGUUCGGUCUCUAAGCUACUUGCUGUUUUCAAUGAUCGUGGUGCUUCAGAUCAUUUAGUGCAAUAUCUUCGACUACUAACAUCCGCAUACUUGCAGAAACAGUCCGGGUUCUUUGAAUUUUUCCUCGAGGGAGGCAUAAGUAUUAAAGACUUCUGUGCUCAGGAAGUGGAACCAAUGGCCGUGGAAAGUGACCACAUUCAUAUCACUGCACUGACCCAAGCACUGGGUAUUUCAAUCCAAGUGGAAUAUAUGGACAAAACAGACUCUGAAAUCAACCAUCACAUCUUUCCAGAGGGAUCAAAGCCUUUGGUUUAUCUACUUUACAAACCAGGACAUUACGAUAUACUUUACAAAGCAAGCAAUACCAAAUAGUCUUCAUCUCACCUUGCAACUAGAAGUUUUAGUGCUCUGGGCCAUGGUUUGCUGGGGAGUCUUUUUGGCAGGGUGUUUGUGGGGGAUGAAAAAUAAUCAAUGAGAUAAAUUGUGCCCAAUCUUUAGCCAUUUUCCGACAUACAAAAUUAUUGUACAUCCCCAACAUCAAUCGAGUACAUUUAGAAUUUUGUAUUUGAUAUUAGUGGGUGUAAACGUACCAAAGUCUGUACCAUUUUAAUAUAGCUUUGCAGAAAAGACAUUUCUAGUAUAGCUUCCAUCAUGCUUUUAAAUUAAGUCUUCAUCCAUUAAUCUAACAUUUUUCUACUCUUUUUAAAAGGAACAGGACUGAAUUGUUUUUGUUUCUCUCACUUUUUUGUUUAUACAGGAUUUGUGGGUUGAGACUCCUCCUUUGCCCCACCUCUAGUCAAUAGGGAACAACGUUUCAGCUGCGAUUUAGGUUGUAAUUACAAAGUAAAUUCCACAGUGGAUUUUGAUGGCAGCUUCACUGUUGACAAUUCAAUGUAUUGUGCACAACACUGGCUCCACCUGCUGGGGGAUUUAAACAGCUAAUCCAAUUUUUAAAACUGGUCAUAAUUCAGAUUCUAACCCUUUGCAAGUGUACAGAAGUUUAAUCUGGACUCCGAUUUAAAACUUAAUUAAUGGUGAUUAAUAUGUAAAUUGAUUCCUUGUAGCAAAUAUUAAUAGUGCAAAAUCUAUUUUAAAUGAAAUCAUUGUUUACAAGCAAGCAAACUGACCUAACCACCUACUACACAAGUAUGUAUCUAUUUUGCACCAUCCUCCCAGUUUUGCUUUAUAUGGACCUAUACAGAAAAUAUCAAAUGAUGCAGUAUGACCAAAUUCUUGUCAACUACCUACUUUAAUAAUACUUGCAUUUUAAUUUUUCUUUUGGAUUUAGUGUAAUUUUUUGCUGGAGUGACCCAGUUGCAGGAGAUGGAGCAUUUCAUCCUAAAGAAAAUACCAUCGAACUAAGCACUGUUCCUACAGUAACGAAACUG